UCGUAUCGCACUUUCUCUUAUUAAUGAAGAAGUGUCGCAAAUAGUCUUUUGACUUCCUUGCAGGGGAGAAAAAAGAUUGAACACAUCAAUACAGCCCAUGAUGUCACAGUCACAGUGGGGUGAGUUGCCGCUUCUUCCUCUGAAGUGCAUACUUGAUCACCUCAGCUUGGAGGAUGCCCUCGCGGCUACAUCAGCAUGCCACCAUUGGCGCGCAGCUCUCUUGUUGUAUGAGGGACACAAAGAAACAUUGAAGUUAAGAGCCAAACAGCUGGACAAGAAUGUGUUCCUGACCCGUAUAUUUAGGAAAUACGUAAAGAGGCUACACAUCUACAUAGACUGUAAUGAGGAGCAGCUGGACAAAUUUAUCACCUUAUUAAUGCCGCAAUUCUUAGAUACUGUUAAACUGGAAGAGUUGAUAUUCAUAGGCCCAAGUUAUAUACAACAAAAUCCAAGAAUUCCACUCGUCAAGUUAAAACGAAUAAUAACAGAGAGCCUGAUCUACAAACACAUCCAGAGUAUCCAGAGGUUGGGCUUCAUCGGUUGUGGUUUGAGUGCAGUUAGGAAUGAUGAGGAGAAAUGCACACAUAAUCUGGCAGAACGCUAUUCUAGGCCAUUAAUGUUCAACAAUGAUCCCACCCUGGGGGGUUCCAUCUUUUCAAACUGCAGCUCAAAUGUUGGAGCGUUCUCUGCACUACGGCACGUGGCGGUGGAGUACGCGGCGGUGUGCGGGCGGUGGGCGUGGUUGUCGUGGGCGGGCGCGCUGCCGUCGCUGGCGCUGCUCACCCUCACCGUGUCGGGCGGCGGCCGGCUGCAUCCGCUGCCGCCCAAGGUCCUUCGAGCCGGACUCGACGUCGCCGUCAACAUCAUCGACAUGCCAUAUAAUAAAUUUGAAGAUGUGAUGCAGAAUGUUCUGAUUCCUGAACUACAGUUAAUAUCGCUGAAAGUCAUGUUUUGUAAAACUGUGUACGCGCCGCUGGUGGAGCACGUGGCCUGCCACUACAAGGAGACUCUCCGCGAGGUGUUGUGGGCCGACUGCCCCGCCGCCGACUGCGAGCCCCCCAGGCGACACGUGCGCCGCCCGCCUUCCUAUGACGUGUGCAAUGUGAAUCCCUUCAUUUUGCUAUGCUGGCAAUGCGUUCAGUUACAAAGACUGGUCAUACAUGGCUACUGGGUGUGGCAGUACGAUGUAAUAGGAUUUGUCCGGCUGCGCCCGUCGCUUGAGGAGCUCGUAGUGUCGUCCAUAUACACCAAGCAAGCGCACUUCGGAGACGCUCCUAGCAGCGCCCUGCGAGUGCUGGCCAGCGACUCACCCCAUGUGCUCGACGACACUUACGUGCUGGAGAUAAAUAAGUUCACGCAGUUCCGUUGGCGGCCGAGCUCGUGGGAGGAUCUGCCGCGCGGACUGCGGGCCCGCGCGCCCCCCGCCGCGCGCGUCGCGCUCCUCAUGAACGAGCUCGCCCGCACACCGCGCGCCGCGUGA